AUGGAUGAAAAAAUGGAGGAAACUCCGUCGGACUCUAAAGUGGAGGACUUUGGCGCCGGGGAGAGCUCUGGCCUAGACGAGGCCGACAUUUUCCUUCGCGACAACAACUUCGGCCCUCGCUAUGUCCAGGAACUGCUCGCAGACAAGGAACUCAACCGGAAAUUGGUCCGGAGGGUCGAUAUGGUGCUCUUGCCGCUGCUCGCCGGGACAUAUGUACUUCAGUACAUCGACAAGUCCGCGCUGGCCUACUCGGCAGUUUUCGACUUGUUGACAGACACCAAGACAACACUCGAUGAGUACAGUUGGCUUGGUAGCAUAUUCUACUUCGCUUACCUGUUUGCCGAGUACCCAUGGUCGUACCUGGCGCAAAAGACUUUGAUGGCCAAGGUCGUGUCUAGCUGUGUGAUCUCGUGGGGAAGUAUCUUGAUGAUCACAGCCUCUUGCAGCAACUUCACCGGGCUUGCGAUUUGUCGUUUCCUGUUGGGUGUCUUUGAAGCUCCCAUCACACCUUGCUUCAUGAUGAUUGUUGGAAUGUGGUACACUCGUCAAGAACAGCCAUUCCGAGCCGGCGUGUUUUACAGCUGCAACGGCAUUGGGUCUAUGGUGGGAGGAGUCAUCACAUACGGCAUUGGCCAGAUCGACUCUUUCCCAGUCUGGAAGACGAUCUUCCUCAUCUGCGGCGGCGUUACGGUCCUCUGGGGUUGUCUGAUGCUCUGGCUGCUCCCAGACAGCAUCAUCUCCGCCAGGCGAUUCAGUGCUCAAGACAAGGCCGUCCUCAUUGGCCGAGCAAAGCUUUCACGCACGGGUGUCCUCAACCGAACCAUCAAGUGGUACCAGAUCAAGGAAGCUCUUCUCGAUCCCCAAGUCUGGCUCCUGGCACUCUACAUGUUUCUCAACGAGGUUAUCAACGGGGGCAUCGCGAACUUCGGAAAGCUCAUUAUCAAGGGCCUGGUGAAGAAGCCCCUCCUGACUACCGCCCUCGGGAUUCCCCAAGGAGCUUUUCAGGUCUUCUGGAUUCUGACCGGGACGUACCUAGCCUCACGCUUCAAGAACAUACGUACCAUCGUCAUGAUGAUGUACCUGCUGCCCACUAUCAUUGGCGUCACGCUCAUGUGGAAGAUGGGCCGGAACAGUCAGAGGGAGAAGAUUGGGGUUCUCUUCGGAUACUACAUCGUUGGCUCCUACGUGGCGUCCCUCGUCCUCGCGCUCCAGAUGCCAGCCACGAACCUCGGCGGCUACACCAAGCGCACCACCGGCGUCGCGAUCGUGUUCAUGACCUACUGCCUCGGCAACAUCAUCGGUCCUCACGCCUUCAUCGCGAGGGAGUCCCCCCGCUACCCCACCGGCUGCAAAGUCAUCCUUGCGUGCUCGGUCAGCCAAUUCGCCCUCGCCUUCGGGCUGCGGCUCUUGCUGGUUGCGAGGAACAAGACGAGAGACGCUGCAGCGCCGGCGGGGAGUAAUACGGACUCUACUGCCGUAGAGGAGGCCGGUCACGAUCUUACGGACUUCGAGAAUCCCAACUUUAGAUAUGUGUAUUGA